AAAAACUUCAAAAAGAAAUAAUAACUACUAAUGUAAAAAUUAAUUUGGACAAUCUAGAGAAAUUUACUAAUUAUAGUAUAAAAACAAUGGCUUUAACCAGAGCUGGAAGUGGCGUUCCAAGUGAUGAACUGUUUUGCUCAACUAAAGAAGAUCUUCCUGGCCGACCACAAAAUAUCAAAGUUAUUGUUAUGGCUAUUGAUGCUAUUUUAGUAAGUUGGAUGCCUCCUACAAAUCCAAAUGGAAUUCUUACAGAAUAUAAUGUAUUUUGUCGAGGAUAUACACUUGGAAGACAUAAUACUACAAAAGUUACUUUGCCUCCAACUCAAUUAUUUUAUGAAGCAAGAGAAUUAAAGAGAGGUCAGCGCUAUGAAUUUUGGGUAACAGCUAGUACAUCUGUUGGAGAAGGAGAUCCAUCUUUAAUUGUUACUCAGUCAACUAGUCAAAGAGCACCAGCUAGGAUUUCUUCAUUUUCUACCCAAAUUAUUGUUAAUCAAAGACGGAAUAUUGAAUUACCUUGUAGAGCUGUUGGGCUGCCUACACCAAUACGACAAUGGAAACUAAGUAUUUGUUAUCUCUUAAUAGGUUAUGAAAUUUAUUAUAAAGGAAAAUCAAAUGAUUGGAAACAUAUUAGAUUGCCAUCUUUAAAUACUACAUAUACUAUUCAUGAUUUAAUAUGUGGAAGCAAUUAUCAAAUAUAUAUAAUAAGUGUAAAUGAAGAAGGAAAAAGUGAUCCUAGUAAUAUUGUUUCUGCAAGAACAAAAGGAGGAGGUCCAUUACCUCCAAAGAAAGAAGCUUUUAUUACUUCAAAUAUCACAUCUAUAAUUCUUCUUCUUGAAGCCUGGCAUAAUAAAGGUUGUCCUAUAACAUCAUUAAGUGUGGAGUAUCGCAUACAUUCAAAUACAGACUGGAUUACAGCUGCUAAAGAACUUAAACCUAAUCACAGCCCAUUAAUAUUAAAUGAUUUAAAAUCAGAAACAUGGUAUGUUGUUCGUGUAACAGCUCGUAAUCAUGCUGGUUCUACAGUUGCAGAAUAUGACGUAUUAACUCAUUCAGAAUUCAGAGGUACAAUUGUUCCAGAACUCAUUGUGCAUACUGAUGAACCAUCACCAUUCAGUGAUAUGGCAGUUCUAAUUCCUGUGAUAUCUUCAUUUAUAGUAUUAGCAGCUGUAUUAGUAACAUUAAUCAUACUUUGUCAUCGAAAGAAAUUCACAGAAGCAAAAUAUGAAGGUACUUGUGAUGAUAUUUCUCCCUAUGCCACAUUCCAUACACCAUUAUCAGAUAGAAGAUUAUGGCAGGAUAGGAAUGGAAUAAUUUCUGGAUGUGACAGAAGAGAAGUUAAAGAAACUGAAUUAUUUUCUAUCACUGCUCAGAAACAAAACUGUGAUGCAAGAAGAGAAGAAAAUCAAGGAAUUGCUAUAUUAGAAAUGGAAGUACCACCAAUUAAUAGAGGUCUUCAAAUAUCAAAAAAAUCUAGAGGACAUCUUAUUAGUAAGCGCCCAUUAAAGUCAUGUAAAAAUAAAGAAGUGGGAGAAGGUGGAGAAGAAAGAACAUAUGCCUUUAAUAGCAGUCCAUCAACUGGCAUAUCCCAUUAUGAGCAAACUAUUGGUAUGAAUAAUUAUUGUAAUAACUCUAAGUCAGUAUAUGGGAUGUUUUACAAUACAUGCUAUAAGCUAAAAGAUGAUGAUUCUCUAAGAGAAAUUAAACAAAAUUCUGAAUGUUUUUCAGAAUUUUGCUUUGAUUAA